CCUCCUUCUCAGAGGUUGGGUUCAACCACUCAACAAAAGGGGGAUGUCUAGCUUGUGCACCAAUACUCAGGCCUGCCUUUUGAAAUUGGAAACCUACCCUCCUGUUUUGUGACAAUAGCAUAGCCCUAGAAGAGGGGGGAGGCAGUGUUUCAAGCUCUCUGGGUUAGAGAAUGUGUUUGCUAUCUGCCAGCUGAUUUCUGCUUUGGCAUUCUAAGCUGUAGGUAGAGAGAAGCAGACAAAAACCUCAGUUUUAAGGUUUUUUGAGUGGAAUUUCAAUUUAAGAGAACCAGAAGAAAAUUAGGAAAUUGGAGCUUGAGGAAGUAAGGGAGUGCCUUACAAAAAUGUUGAGACAGUGAAGCUAGAGGAAGCGAAGACAGAGGCAACCGUUAAGGGACUUAUGAUGUUUUAACCACAUCCUUGCCUCAGCCAAAAAAAUAAAAAAAAUUAAGCUGUGAGAGUUUACCUCCAUCUUGUUGAACUCAAAGAGAAUCAUCAGCAGAAGCAAAAACAACAGAACCAGGGGAGAUGGCCUUCAGUCCCUGGCAGAUGCUGUCGCCCGUCCAGUGGGCCAAAUGGACCUGGUCAGCGGUCCGAGGAGGGGGGGAGGGGGGCGAGGAAGAGGCUGCGGAGGAGGAAGAUCUUUCGGCAGAGGAAGAGAAGUCUCUGAGCUGCAGCUCGGACUCAGAGGGUAACUUUGAGACGCCAGAGGCAGAGACUCCUGUACACGCCCCCCUGAAAGACUUCUCGGAGGAGCUCCUUGAUAAUUCACCAUCCAAGAGAGCAGAGCUGCUGGAAAAUGAUGAACAGCUGAUCUCCAAAACGAUCGAACAUCCGAAUCGUUACCUGGAUAAAAACUCGAACCAGCAUGAGAUCACCAGCACGGAAAAAUGCUCCCUGGCAGAAAAGAACAAUCUAGAUAAACUAAAUAUUGAGGUGGUGAAGCAAUUAGCCAAUCUUCAAAUAUCAGAGGAGGAAACACAGAAGGCACCAACAGGACAACCUACAGAUGCCUUAGACACAAGCCAGGAGGCUAUGUCUGAAGAACAGAUGGUGGUCACCACAGAAGAAGUAAUUGAGCUCCAGGCUGCCAGUGAGUCUGCACCCGUGAAGGGCAAACCCAAAAAGAGCCGACCUUCGUCCCUCAAAAUGAUGGUGGACCAUCAGGAACCAGAAGAAGAUGAGAUCCCUGUUCCAAAAGUGGCCUACAACUUCAACCCAGACGAAUACAAUGAUAACGUCAACCCUUUUGCCUUGGGUGGAUCCAAGUUGCAAAACUCUCCGCCUGCUGUCAGCACUAUCAAGACUGACUCUGAAAUUCCUGAUGCUGAGUCUAACCUGGAGGAGACGACAGGUCCUGCCAUGAAGAUGGAGUUCGAUUUCACGGACAAUAAAGAGAACGGGGAUGUCAAGAAGCCCAUGCCUAGAAAACUGUGCAAAAAGCUGGGCAGUAAGCUCACACCUAAAAAACAGAAACCUUUUGCCAAACCUAUAGAGCCCCCAGAGAACUCCACCCAAAACUUAGACGAUGUCCCUAUCCCAAAAUCAUCCUAUAAUUCAGACCCCAGCAAGUGGGACGAUCCCAACUUCAACCCAUUCAACUCCAGUACAGGCUGCUCUCCCAGCCUUCCAAAGGGAUCCUAUAGCUUUAACACUGAAAGUAUUGAUGACUCCAUUGAUCCUUUUAAGCCUUCCAAGACCUUGGCCCUUGCCCUGUCUGAGGACACUUCUUUACCUGACAAGCUCACAGAGGAUCUGGAAUCCCAGAAACUUGAACUGCCCAUCGAGGCUGAGGGGAAAGCGAGAAUGUCACCAAAGAAGACCAAGUCUAGGUUAAUAACGACUUCUGAGCAAGUGCGGUUUCUCUGUUUUCUGCUGGGUGCCUGCAAAGUAAAGAAGUAUGAAAACCAGUCCCUGGUAUUGGAUAUCUGUGGUCAGCAGGAGGAUGAGCCGGUGACGGCAGAGGCGCACAGAGAGGGUCAUGCCACCGAUGAAGAAAAACUGGCAUCAACCACCUCCAGUCAGAAGCAGCCACUGACCGAGGUCAAGGGGGACAACGACGACGAGUUUUUCGAGUGCUCCAACGUGCCUGAGUCUACCCGUGCAAAGAAACACCUUACUGAGGGUCUUGAAAAAGCAGUAGCCAGUUCCUUGGCAGAGACAGAAUCCUGCUCACCUUACAUCGACCCGGCUGGAACAAAAAACAAGCUGACGGGAAACGAAGACCAAGGAAAAGGAAGCCCCAUCUUCGACACGAUCUGCAUCAGUGAGGCAGACAAAGAGGCUGUGCUGAACCUGAUCAGAGAAGAGAUCAUCACUAAAGAAAUUGAAACCAAUGAAUGGAAGAGGAAAUAUGAAGAAAGCCGACAAGAAGUGUUUGAAAUGAGGAAAAUUGUAGCAGAAUAUGAGAAAACAAUUGCACAGAUGAUAGAAGACGAGCAGCGCACCGCAAUGAGCUCUCAGCAGGGCCUGCAGCAGCUCACCCUGGAGAAGGAACAAGCCAUCUCUGACCUCAACUCAGUGGAGCGCUCCCUGUCAGAACUGUUCCGCAGAUACGAGAACAUGAAGGGAGUCCUGGAGGGCUAUAAGAAGAAUGAAGAGGUUCUAAAGAGGUGUGCCCAGGAGUACCUGGCCAGGGUGAAGCAGGAGGAGCAGCGCUACCAGACUCUCAAGAUUCACGCCGAGGAGAAACUAGACAAGGCAAAUGAAGACAUUGCUCAGGUCCGCUCCAAAUCCAAUUCGGAAGCUGCAGCCUUUCAUGCCAGUCUAAGGAAGGAGCAAAUGAAGGUGGAUUCCUUGGAGAGAGCACUUCAACAGAAGAAUCAAGAAAUUGAAGAGCUCACCAAGAUCUGUGAUGAGCUCAUAGCCAAACUUGGAAGAAAUGACUGAAUCUUUUCAGUACAGUAACUCCCACCCCACCCCCCCCACCCCACCCACCCUCACCCGUAUUGAACACUGUGCACGCAACAGCUAUAAGUACCCACCUUACCUAGCAGAGACCUCACCCUGUAGAAUGCAUUCAGACCCUGUUAACUGGUUAACAUCCACUUGGACAAAGCCAAAAACGAAGAGCGAACCCCAACUGCAGAAUCGCUUCCACACAGUUUCUGUCCCAUUUGAACAUAAAUUGAGCAGCAGAAUUUCCUGGCAGGACAACAACUUGAAAGAACAGCGGAAACAAGCUGUAUCCCCAAUGUGAUUUCCAGGCUGUUUAGAAGCUGCACUUCCCUAUAUAGAUGCCUGCUGCACACCAGAUCAACCAGAAAGACUAGCAAACAUGUUAAGUGGUUCACUGUAGUGUAUGCCAGUGUUAAUAUGCAAAAACAACUGGGGCUUCCUCAGGUGUUUUAUUUUAUCUGCAAUUUCCCUUAUUGCCUAAGAGGGACAAAAUGCACUCUUUUUUCUUUGUCUCAAACACAUGAAAGGACAGUAUUGAAAUAAAAGAAGAAAUUUAAAAGAUGGUGUACCAUGUAUACCGUACCACAAACCUUAUAUUUUGUGCAAUUUUAAUUGGGUUAUUUUUUUGGUUUUGUUGCUGUAGAUACUUAACAUACAUCACAAAUUUAAAGAAAGGAAUCAUUAAAAAAACAAAAAUAAAAGAUGCAUGAUAACUAUGCACAUCAACAACUAUGGCAAACCACCUUACAAAACUAGCUACAAAAGUAUUUCUCCAAGUGGAAAUGUACUGGCUCUCACCCCAGUGGAGGAACUUGAAUCUCCAAGAUGACUCAGGAUACAGAUCAAGCACAGAAGCAGGGCUCUGGAAAUCAAUUUGCAAGAAUACUGCAUGGAAAAGUCAAGUUGCGUACCUUCAGGGAGCCCUGAGCUGAAUUCAGAGUGCAAGCUGGAACCUGUAUCCCACUGAAAUCCAGUACAUGGUGCCCCUCUUAAGAGUGAAGGCUUGAUCUCAGUUGUUUACGGAAAACCUCUUUGCUGCUACGGUCUAGCUGAAAAGCAAUAGGUGUGACUUUAUGAUUUUUUUUUAUUUCCUCUGUUGCCAAUGUUUAAAUCUAUAUAAUGUAAAUAGAAGGUCGAUAUGUUUGUGAAAUACUGUUACAGAAUUGAUUCCCUGUGCAGUACAUGGUAUAUAGCAGUGGUACUUGAUCAGUCUUUUCCAGUGUGGAGUGCCUGUUUGGUGUUUGGUUUUUUGCCAGUUCCUCUUUGGAUGGGGAAGCGAUCAGUGAUUUGCUUCUGUUCUAAAGUACAAUUGUAAAACCUGCAAAUGUUUUAAAGAGAAUUCAAUGACGUUUCUAAAAAGAUAUAUAGUUUCCAUUAUAUACAAUAUAGUAGUAUGUAAUAUAUUUAUGUUACCCAUAUACACCAAUAUACCUGUUAACUAAAGUACGUAAGAACCAGUCAAGUGGUGCCUUCAUCUGUGCACUUAAGUGAGCUCAAGACAAUUUUCAUAAGGUACAAUACUUAAUGUUCAUAAAAAGGUUUGUGGUUCCAGUGUCUCUACCACUCUUUGGCAGAUAGUUGCAAAGUGGGUUAAGACAUUGUCUGGUGUAGUCAGUGCCAAAGUGAAUAAACUGGGUUUCAAUAUUUAUAUUGAAUUUCAACAAAGUUUAAUAGAUUUAAAUAGUAAGUGUGCAGUUUCUUAAGCUUGCAUACAUGCUAAACAUAACCAACUCUUGGUUAAAACUUUUAAAAGGAGCCAUGCAAAUAAUCCUGGUUCCAUUUGACCGUCCGUUGCAGACCAGUGAACUAAAUUCAAUUAGUCGAGUUCCAACCAAAUAAACAAAAACUCCAGGUGCAUGUCAAAGCUGACCCUUCCUUAAGUAAGAGUCAGGAGGUGAUUUCAUUUGCUUGUAAAAUGUGUUGCCUGCUCCACUGUUUAAGGCACGCUUAUUACUUUAUUCACAGUGGAGGCUUCUCUCUUUGGUGCUCAUGCAGUGAAGAGCGCUUAACGUUAACCAUUUAAACUGCAGCACAGACACAGCCGUCCGCAAGGUACAAAAGCCGUUUGGUCAUACACCUAAGGUUUUGUGGUUAUUUAUAUAGAACAUUUACAACUGGAAGAAAAUGAUCUGUCCUUUCCGGCUUUUUACUUAUACAAUAUCAGGUCUGAAUAGCACUAUGAAGAUUAUUUCUCUUUGCAAGGCCGUAGUUAAGUACCAUACAGAUUUAAGCCCAUCAGAAUAGGACACAGCAUACUCUUUAUAUACAUCUACAGCAUAUUAUGGAAAAAAAAAGUGCAGAUCUAUUUAAGACUCAUCUCUUCAUAUGUAUAUAAGAAAACACCUUUUAAGACCAAACCAUUCUGAGGAAAAGUAUGAAUAAAUGUCUUUGGAUCUAACUAUAGUAAUUAAAUGCAAAUGAACAAAUAUACAACAUUUUAUUUCACCACUAAUAAGCAACAUACAGUAUAUGUAUAUAAAAUGUAGAACUUUUUCAAAACAUUUAAUGAAAAAAUUACUGUAGGAAGCUAAGUAGCAGCAACACCAAGAUAAUACGGUUCCUCCUAAGACUUUACGUGAGUGUUCGAGAAUAAAAAAAAUGCAUUUUAAAAAGUUGCUUAUUGACGAAGUUCCCAUACAAUGAUGAAAUAUCGUAGGUGUUUGUUUUUUUUUUUGUAAAAUGUUAACUGUAUAAUAAAAACACCCUUUUAAAAUGAAGGGGCAGGAAGAAUUUAUUUUGCAAACAAUCCAAGUUGGACUUUGUCAUGGAUUUCAGCAGUUUCUUAAGGUCGAUAGGGGUUCUGUUGAUAAAUUGGGAUGAAAUAAACUGAAAUGUUAAACUGUGGGAGAAUGUGUCGGAGACACAGAAGAGUUCUAUUUCAUUGUGAAUUUGAACAGGAUUGUGGGACUCUGCAGCUUAAAGCUUCAUCCUUCACGCGGCCCCGCUGUGUUUAUUUGCCAAGUGGUUUGGUUUGGUUUGUGCCAGGGAGGGACAAGAAAUGCAGUUCAGCUACAGGAGAUGUAUGCUAACUCCAGCAGCAUAUCAGAUAAAUGAUCCUGUUAUAAACUCCAUUCGCCUGACUGUACCAUAGCUAUUGCUAUCAAGUGCCAACAGACAUUGCUGUAUAUGUGUGCCAAAUGUAAACGGUAUGGUUCAUAAGUCUUAUUUAACAAAGAGAAGCGACUAAUCAGUCUUUUACAGGAUCUAUAUUUUUUAUUAUUUUAAUCCACUGUCGCCAUAUCUCUGCAUAUGUUUUAUGUGCAAACAGCUCCCCCUUUUUAAUGCCAUAAAUAUUUGUAAAGUUAAACUUACACAGCUGUAAUGAAAUUAUAAUGUUUUACUAAUAUAUAUAUAUUUUUUUCCUCAUAUCUCAUUGCCUGAAUAAAAUGAUCACGAUUAUCACUGUCUUAAA